UGUGCGUCAUAACCCUUCACUGGUAGUGGCUGAUUGUUUAUGUGGUCUUCUCCAAGUCAUGUCACUUCUCGAAACACUGUGAUCGAUCAUGAGGGCCUCUACUCAGCUGGUAUGUCUUCUGCUCCUCGGCCUCAUUUGCUCUCCGGCCGCGGCUUCACACUGGUUCCGAAUUCCGCCUCACGAGGAAGUUGCUCGUGUCGCCCGUUUCAUCGUGCAUCAGUGCGACUGGGCCUCUCUGGCCACCAUCUCUACGCACAAGCCGGUGGUGGGACAGCCGUUCUCCAACGCUUUCUCCAUUAGCGACGGCAUCCAGGGCUUGAGCUCAGGAGUUCCGUACCUGUACUUGACCGAGAUGGAGAUCUCCGUGCAGGACCUGAAGGUGAAUCCGAAUGCCUCUCUGUCUAUGACUCUGGCUCAGACAGAUUACUGUCGUCAGCAGGGCUUCGACCCUCAGAGUCCACUCUGUGCUCGUGUCAUCCUGUCUGGAUCCGUAUUGCCGGUUAAUGGCAGUGAGGCAAGGUUUGCCAAGCAGGCUCUGUUUACCCGGCACCUGGAGAUGAUCGACUGGCCCUCAGGUCACGGCUGGUUCUUCGCCAAGUUCAACAUCACACAGGUUUGGAUCUUGGAUUAUUUUGGUGGCAUAAAGACAGUCUCUCUGGACAAGUAUUUCCACGCAUCACCGUACAGGAAGUACCUCUGAUGGUCAAAGCCCCACCCCACCUGUCAAACUCCAACACUUUAUUAUGUGGUCUUUAUAAGUGUGGUGAAACUAUACUACUAUACUUUAUGAACAGUGUUUUGUUUCUGAACAGUAAAUGGAAUUAUAUAUAUAUAUAUUUUUGGAUUAAAAUCAAUCAAGUUUUUACAAAUUCAAA